AAAACUGAAACACACACCACUUCCGUUUACAUUAGCCCAUGUCAUCCGGAAGGGUGGUACCUGUUCAACUUCUGCAAAUACGUUUUCUGUCGUCUCAUGCCUGUAAAAAAAACAACAUGGACAUGAGAGAGUCCGACUGGAGAGCUGUGAUCAGUCAGUCCACGACUAUUUGACCUGCUGGAGCUGAGAGGACGAACACACGCGGAUCUAAACCUCACCUGAUCUAUUACGCGCCCGUCAGGUAAACGCUGAACUGAGCCCGAAUCAAAGUUUGGAUACUUUUCAUUGCAGCUGACCAAAAUAAGUGUUCACCAUUACCACCUCCUCCGACCCCCUUGUUUUCCAGCACCAUGAGUGGUCAACCACGGAGGAUUCGUCUGAAGCCAUGGCUGCUGGCACAGAUUAACAGUGGGAAAUACCCAGGACUGCACUGGCUCAAUCAAGAGCGCAGACUGUUUCGGAUCCCAUGGAGACAUGCCACCCGCCAUAUGCCUACCCUGGAAGAGGAGAACACUAUAUUUAAGGCUUGGGCUCUGGAAACAGGCAAGUACCAGGAAGGAGUAGAUGAGCCAGAUCCAGCCAAAUGGAAGGCUAACCUCCGCUGUGCCCUUAACAAAAGCCGAGAGUUCGGACUCCACUAUGAUGGCACUAAGGACACCCCCGUCCAGCCUUAUAAGAUCUAUGAGGUGUGCGACCAGUCAAUCAAUGGAGAUGCUGGAGAGGAUGAGGAAGAGGAGCUGCAAAACUUUGUCAAACUCUCCAUUGAUCCAAGAGUUGGUGAACCUCCGAGCUACCCAGGAUACCCCCCUAGAGUUGACGUUCCAUUCACAUCUUCUGUUGGCGAUGGCUAUAACCCUACCCACCAUAACACUCAUAUGAACCUCUUAGGAGAAAUUGUCCAUAAUAACCCCAAUGGAGGUGCUCCUAUGACCACUCAUCUCGCCCAGCCCGGCACAGGACCUCCUGAAUUUUCCAGUCACAGUGCAAUCAAAGUUGAGCAGGGAUCGUAUCCCGUUCAUGGUGGAGGACUUUUGAAUGGUAUGGAAAUGGGCACUGGAGUCAUACCGCCUCCUGUUCUUCAGGAUGUAGUCUCUCAUUCUGUAGGCCCUUCAACCAUGGUGGAUAGCCCAAUGCAAGAGGUGCCAGCCCAGGCGGAGAACCAGAUUCAUCCCUGCAUCUCAGAGUUGCUGAGCAGUCCACACAUGUUGCCCUUAACUGAUUUGGAUAUCAAGUUCCAAUACAGGGGUCGGACAGCUGGUUCUUUGACCGUCAGUAACCCUCAGGGUUGUAGACUUUACUACGGUAACCUGGCACCCACACCAGAGCAAGUAGAGCUGUUCGGUCCAGUCACGCUUCAGCAGGUACUGUUUCCAGGAACCUCUGAGAUCCCGAACGAAAAGCAGAGGUUCUACACCGAUCAUCUGCUGGAUGUGAUGGACCGAGGGCUAAUUUUGGAGAUCAGGGGACAAGAUAUUUAUGCCAUCCGAUUGUGCCAGUGUAAAGUGUUCUGGUCUGGGCCAGGUGUGCUUGAGCAGGGUCCACCCAAUCCAAUGGAAAGAGAGAUGAAGAUAAGGGUCUUCAGUCUGAAUAACUUCCUUCAGGAUCUCAUUUUGUAUCAGAAAGGGGAGGCGCCCACUCCACCACCCUUUGAGAUCUACUUCUGCUUCGGUGAGGACUGGCCAGAUAGAAAGCCCAAGGAGAAAAAGCUCAUCAUUGUCCAGGUUGUUCCCGUUGUUGCAAGAAUCCUUACAGAGAUGUUUUCAGGGGAGCUUUCAUGGUCUACAGACAGCAUUCGUUUGCAGAUCUCCAACCCUGACUUGAAAGACCAGACAGUGGAGCAGUUCAAAGAGCUCCAUAGACUGUUGCAGAGUCAAAACGCACACUCCACCUGGCCUCAAAACAUCCACUAACUGAAAGAGGAACCCAUUUUUCCAUCACCAACACAAUCUUGUUAAUUCCCUGCUCAAAAUUGGAGGUCCUUUCAGCACAUUUGAACACUGGACUAUGUAGGUGCCCUCACCACUGCCUUACUGAAAACAUUUCCAUUGGAGACCAGGCCUUCUGACAUUUUUUCCCCCAAUUUUUUUUUCUUCUAUGUAAACUUGUCUUUUAAAAUGUUAGAUUUCAAUAAAUACCAUUGCAGUAUUUUAAAUGGUUGCUGGCAUGAUCAUGUUACCACUAUAUGAUUCAUCCCAUGAACGUUUAGUGCUCUGUAACUCUGACUCUGUUAAACCCUUAAAUAAGCUGCAUCACUCAUAUAUCACUCAUCAAGACUCAUAUUUCAUGCAAGUUCCUUGCAAACAUUACGGGAGCAGGCGGAUAACAUCUGCUGACCUCAUCCUAUAGGGUCCGUGCCAGUAACAUGAACCUGUCGGACUUGAACGAAUAUGACUACGUACUUGACUACAUAAUGUUCAUUCAGCAAAUGGGAUGCGGGAGGGGUGACCUGAGGGUUUACACGUGCAAUUGUGAGAAACACAUGAUUGUAGGGCCUUAGACAAUAGAAGAGGGUUCAAUUUACUCUGUGACUCAGAAAACGAGACCUAAAGGACCCAUGUAACUUUCUUAAAAUGAAACCUGGUCAAACAGGUUCUGAGAGCUCCAGAAAGCGUGUAAAUCAGUUCUAAAUCAACACACAAGUGCAUCCGAAAUGAUACUCGAGACAAAGAUUAGUUUGUUCCUCACAAUGUUGGUUUUAUUUCGAACAAUCGACCGAACACGCUCCUAAGAUGAUCUCGGAGUCUCUUGAGAUAUGCCAACAUAGUGAAAGA